CUGCAGCCUGCCCACCGACAUCCGUCAACCAACUGUAAUAUUGGCCUGAUCUGCGGCCUCGUCUGACAACAUACUCGACAGUUGAAGCUCGCAUUCUGCAUUUGCUUGCUGUAGUUUCAUAUUGAAUUACUGUAUAUCAGCAAUUUUUAAAAUCGGCCAGCUUCGUGUUUGCGAAAAUGCCGUUUGGCGAGCCAGCGCUAUGUCCCGGUAACUCAUCGCUUAGCCACAGGUCCCUCUAGAUUUGAAAUGAGAUAAGGACUGGGUGACGAUGAGGCGCGUCUGGCAGGCCGCUGCCUUCCCUAUGGUUUUCGCCAUCGUUGUUCUCCUACUCGGCUCAUGCUUUGUGCUGGGAGCCGGCACGAAUGACACAAACAGCACGACGACCAGUAACAACCGGCCGGAGGAGCCCCGUCGGGCGCUGGUCUGGCCGGCACACGCGCUGCACAACACCCUGACAAUCCAGCGGUUCGGGCUAUUCAGUCGUGUUGCUUUGGACACCACCGUCUCCUCCGAGUACUCGGUACUGCCGCAGCACUACUGGAUAUGGCUGCAGGUGUCGCACAUCCUCAACACCUCCUGCCCCGACUGCUCCUGGACGGAGGUGGGCGGGCCCGGCCUCAUCGCCUUCCGCGUGUCGGCCAGGCCCUGGAAUUCAUCCCGAGUGCCUGUGCCCGCAGCCUGGGUGCCCUCCGACACGGCCUGGCACCACAUGCUGGCCGGCAUGACCAUCGACAUCAACGGCUACCUAGCCAACGUCACCACGCUACUGCCGCCGCCCGUCAACGGCAGUAGCUCUAGCACCACCAGUGGCAGUAGCACUGGUGCCAGUAGCACUGCUGGCAGUAGCAGCGGGACGGCGGCAGCGGAGCUGCCGCCUGUGGACUCGUACGCGUUGAGUCGGCGUGUGCUAAUGCUGGUUGACUUCUGUUACGGCUGCCGGCCGCGAGUCAACCUAGCGACGCUGCUGCUGCGAUCAGGCCGCGUGUUCGCAAUGAUUGUCCUCAUAGCGCCGCGCAAGAGCCACUUUGACGUCGGCAGCAGCGAUGGCGGCAGUAGCAGCAGUAGCGGAGGGGCGGAGGGGCAAGAAGCCUACGAAUGCACGGAGGAUCUGUUAGCGCUGCUGGCGGCGGCGGCGGCGGCGGGCCUGGAGGGCUACGUCGGUGGCUUUGACGGCGCGCCGCUACAGCCCGCCGCGUCUUCAUCGGGAUCCGGAUCCGCUGGGGCGGCGGCUGUAGCAGGAGCUGUAGCGGCCGCGCUGGACGCUGUAGCCAAGUCGCCGGUGCCGCUCGGGUUCUUCUUCUCGGCCGCAGCGGCGGGCAGCUCGGGUUUGGGCAGCUCGGGUUCGGGCCCAGAAUCGAGUUUGGGUUCGUGGGGUCGGCUGCUGCCGGCACCCCAGCUGCACGUGUUCAUGCCGCUCAAGGGGCCGGCCAAGUACCUGGAGUCCAAGAUGCCCGUGUACUGCAGGACGCUGCUGGACACCUCCUCCCACGCCGGCCUGACCGGGCUGCACCUGAUGGGCCCCACCGUGCGCGAGCGGCUGUACCGCAAGCCCAUGGUGGCGGGCAAGCUGCACCUGUUCCUGCGCCUGCUCCGGCUGGACGCCGCCAGCCGCCAGCCCCGCAUCGCGCCCUGGGACGUGCUGGUCGUCAUCGACGCCACAGACACACUCGCGCAGGUGUCCACGUCCGAGCUGCUGGCGCACUAUCGCGCCGCCGGCUCGCCGCUGUUCGAGGCGUCCACCGAGACCUCCUGCUGGCCCAAGGAGAUGUACCCGCUGUGCCACGCCUACGACCGGCUGCCGGGCGCCGCCGCCUGGGCUGGCUGGCCCAAUCGCCGCAUCAACGGCGGCGCCUACCUGGGGCGGGCGGCGGCGGUGACCAAGUACGUGGGCGACGUCGUGGACGUACUGAACCGCCGCUUCAACAAUGAGAGCUGGUACCCGGCCGCCUGCGCCGACUCCCGCAACGACCAGGCGCUACUGGCUUGUCCCUACCUGUUCGGGAACGCGUACGGCCUCACCAUGGACUACACCUCCACCUUCUUCUUCUCCCUCAACCGCAACUGGCAGCGUCUGGAGCUUGUGCCGGCAGCAGCAGCAAACGGCAGUAGCAGCAGCAGUAGCAGCAGUAGCAGUACUGGCAGUAGCGGCAGUAGCGGCGGGGACGGCGCUGCCCAGCAGGAUGCCGGGUGGCAGCCGCAGCGCUGGCGCUACAACGUGUCAGGGGCGGUGCCAGCCAUCCUGCACGGCAACAGCCGCGGCGGCAAGGAGCGGCUGAGGCCCUCGCGGCUAGCCCUGCUCCCCCCCGGCUACACCGGCAUGACCGCCCACCCCGACUACAGCCUGCUUGUGGACGGCAAGCCCACCAGCUACAGCCGCCUGUGCGCCGCCGCCUCCAAGCCGCCGUCGCCGCCGCCGCGCGGCACACGGGUGCAGGGCGCGGAGCGGGCGAGCAAGGCGGCGGGCGGCGGUGCGCGGAUGCAGCAGCCGCAGGGUGGGGACGCCGGCGAGGUGGAGAAGAGACGGUAACGGGGAGGGUGCGUGGAGCGAGGCGACGUGGGAGACUUUGCGGGCGUUUGCAAGCAGGACCAUGCAUACAGAGUCGUUGGUGAUCGCAAGAGAGGGUAGGUAACGGAUUCGGCACUUAGGCUCGACAAUGCAUGGCUUGGUAUAUCUGGCGGCGCGGCCUUGGACUGGCGUCUGUGCGAUGCGUGCGAUGCGCGUUGGGGUGACUGUUGCACGGGUUUGACCGGCACCUCGGAUGGCUUUGGCUUGUCUGCGAAUCUGCAAACGUGAAGUUGCUGCUGAUGACUUGCUGGCCACAUUCGUUUGUGCCAUGCCAUGCGUCUGUCCACGGCUCGCUGACUGACCCAGGGAGCUCCUUCGAACCCUACCUGCGCGAAUGCUGCAAAGACAACUGUUGGAGACAUUUGCAAAGCUGGUCAAAUCGGGCUCGAUCGCGGAUUACUGUAGCCUUGAUUUGAAAGUCCUAUGCCUCUUCAGCGAAUCGCGACUGCGCGUA